AAAUUCACCACACCAUCUUUCAGUUGGCUCCGUUUGCUCGUCCCGAAUGUCGUGCGUGCUUUUUCGCCAGAAAUUAAAAAAUUGAUUUUAACUUUUUUUUUCAACCUAACCAAUUUCUUGCUUCUUUUCUUGGCAGAAAAAUUUAAAAAAAGUUCCUCAAUUGAUUCUUCUCUGCUCCAAGCGCAAUUUAUCAACAUCAAAACCACCGAAAUUCAAUAAACAAUUGAGUCCAAGUUGUGCAAAAACUGAGACGGUGCUUAACGGUGUGACAGUUGUGGAGCUAUAGUAAAGCUUUUCAACCUACAAUUUAUAUGUAUGUAAUUCACCCAUACACCUCAACAGUUAUGCGACUAUUUCAACCACUUUUUCAUAAUUUCAGCAAAAUGGCAGCAGCAACAAUUGGACCUCGACCAAUGGUGAUCUGUGGACCUUCUGGUUCGGGCAAGAGCACCUUGCUCAAACGUUUAUUUGCUGAGUAUCCUGAUACUUUUGGCUUUAGUGUUUCACACACCACUCGCCAGCCACGCGAAGGAGAAAUCAAUGGUGUCCACUAUCACUAUGUCACUCGCGAUCAUAUGGAAAAGGCUAUAGCAAAUGAUGAGUUUAUUGAAUCGGCAUGUUUUGGAGGAAAUCUAUAUGGCACUAGCAAAGCGGCCGUUCGUGAUGUUCAAGACAAGGGCAAAGUUUGCGUAUUGGACAUUGAAAUCGAAGGAGUCAAGCAGAUUAAAAAGUCCGAUUUAAAUCCGAUUUUGGUGUUUAAUAAUCCACCAUCGGUAGAUGAAUUGAAAAGACGAUUGUUGCUUCGCAACACUGAAACCGAAGAGUCAUUGCAGAAGCGUUUGGACGCAGCCCAAAGGGAGAUUGAUUUCGGAAAUGAACCUGGCAAUUUUGACAUUAUCAUUUUGAAUGAUAUAAUCGAUGAGGCUUAUGCCAAGUUUAAAGAUUUUAUUAUUUCUGAAAUUAAGAAACAACAAGAACAAGGUGUUCAAAUUUCUUUGGAAACAAAAAACUAAAGCAAUAAUAAAUAAAUUUGUGUACCUGCCGGCAUUUGAAUAUUAAUUUAUAGAUUAAAUUAAUGACUUAAUUAUGUCAAAACUUUUACUUGCCCAAGUUAGUUAAAUUUGUGUUGUAAUAAAAAUGUCCCGUUAAAGAAAAUCUUAUGAAUAAUUUGUUUUUUAACUUGGUUUUGAUGGGUUAAUGAUAACGUUUAUCAAAAGAACAGAAUCAGCAUUUUAAGUGAGGUUCCUAUGGAUUAAUAUUAUUAUAUUUUAAAGGAUUUCGAUUCGAUGAGUCAAUUGAAAUGGCUAUUUGUGUUAUUAAAAUGUUAUUAAACAAAUCAGCCACGAUAAGAUUAACUUGAUUUAGAAAACAAUCUAGGUUUUGUCAUCCUUUUUAUUUAGGCAUGCUUCAACCUAAGAAAGUUGUUAAAUUGGAUUUGUAUCUAAUCACAAAUAAUUUUUGUUUUUGAUCUAACAUAUUGAUAGGCAGACAGUUGAGUUUCAAAAUAAGGCGUUUGUUCGUCUAGUUUCCUCAAUAACAAAAGCAACUACUGACAACAAACUUCCAAAAACUCUGUCGUACAACUAUGAGUUUUCGUUAAUUUGUCUCUAUUGUUGCCAUGAAAAGAUUUUAAAAUAAAAAUAGCUUCCAAAAGGGUGCUUUUUUUUUUAGCUAUGACGUAUUUUUGGUUUUUUUCUUUCUUUGAUUAAAUAUUAUCUGCCAACGUCAGAGAUUACCUCAAUUUAUACUUUGUCAAAUCAUGUAUCUAUCUGGCAAAUAAAUCAUAGAUAGUCGAAACCAAAAACCAACAAGAGAAGGUGUUUAUAAUU